AUGUGUGUGUGAGAGCAGUUUCUCUCUUUCUGUGCAGGAUGCCAUAUUGAGCGAUUGGAGAGGCUGCAACUCCUGUGGAAAGGGAAGAAACUCAGAGGAACAGGGGCUUUGCACAGAGCCUUAGUAAUAGCGAACCAGGAUGGCUGCUGCCGUCGGGAGGAAGCCCUCACAUAAUGAAGAUUUACGAAACUUGAAUCUUGCCGGUCAUGUUGGAUUUGACAGUCUUCCAGAUCAGUUAGUCAACAAGUCAACAACACAAGGAUUUUGCUUUAACAUUCUUUGUGUCGGUGAAACUGGUAUCGGUAAAUCAACAUUAAUGGACACUUUGUUCAACACUAAAUUUGAAAAUGCACCAGCCUCUCACACUGAACCCGGUGUUCGGUUGAAAUCAAGCAGCUAUGAACUACAAGAAAGUAAUGUACGGCUAAAGCUGACCAUUGUCGAUACAGUAGGAUUUGGAGACCAGAUAAACAAAGAAGACAGCUACAAACCUAUCGUUGAAUACAUUGACGCACAGUUUGAAGCCUACCUCCAGGAAGAAUUGAAAAUCAGGCGUUCCUUCUACAAUUAUCCUGACUCAAGAAUCCACGCCUGUCUCUACUUCAUUGCGCCCACAGGACACUCCCUAAAAUCUCUUGACCUUGUUACUAUGAAAAAAUUGGAUAGUAAGGUGAAUAUAAUCCCCAUAAUCGCCAAGGCAGACACAAUCUCCAAGAGCGAAUUACAUAAAUUCAAGAUAAAAAUCAUGAGUGAAUUGGUCAGUAAUGGUGUGCAGAUUUACCAGUUCCCAACAGAUGAUGAAACUGUUGCUGAGAUCAAUUCGACAAUGAAUGGUCAUCUUCCAUUUGCUGUUGUUGGCAGCACUGAAGAAAUAAAGAUUGGUAAUAAAAUGGCAAAAGCUCGGCAGUAUCCCUGGGGAGUUGUCCAGGUGGAGAAUGAAAGCCACUGUGACUUUGUAAAGCUCCGUGAAAUGUUGAUUCGUGUAAAUAUGGAGGAUCUAAGGGAGCAAACGCAUGCACGCCAUUAUGAACUGUACAGACGUUGCAAACUGGAGGAAAUGGGAUUUAAAGACACUGAUCCAGACAGCAAACCAUUCAGCUUGCAGGAGACCUAUGAAGCAAAAAGAAAUGAAUUUUUGACUGAGCUGCAGAAAAAGGAAGAAGAGAUGAGACAGAUGUUUGUCAUGAGGGUGAAAGAGAAGGAGUCUGAGCUGAAAGAAGCGGAGAAAGAGCUUCAUGAAAAGUUUGAUCACCUGAAGAAGACCCAUCAAGAUGAGAAAAAGAAACUUGAGGAUAAGAAGAAAGAUCUUGAGGAAGAAAUGAAUGCAUUCAACAAGAGAAAAGCAGCAACUCAGCUGCUCCAAUCACAGGCUCAGCAAGCUUCCCAGACCACCAAGAAGGACAAGGAUAAAAAGAAUGCAAGCUUCACAUAAGCAACUCUGGCAAGUCAAGGAUGUCACCCUAUCCAUCUGCUUAGCUGUAACGUGUCUGGCAUCAGAAUGCCCAUCCAUUUUUUUAAAAUUGAGAGAACAUUAACUAAUAUCUUUACAUAUAGGAAACUCCUUUCAAAAGCAUUCCAUGAAAUGGAGAAGGGGCAGUACUUAAAACUGAAACAAAACUGGUAUUUGAAGGGGGCAGUGAGAAGUACUGGAUGAAGUCUUAUUCUUUGAAAAUGGAAACUGUAGGUAGAAUAGUAGGACUAUUAUUACAAAAAGGAAAGUGGCCAGCCAUGUAGGUGAGAGAAAGGACUACAUAUCAGGAUAACAACUUUUCUAACCCCUUUUUCAUUUAGAAGUCUUGCAGAAGUCAAAUCUGAAAGAGAGAAUUUGCAAUUUCAUGGGUUAUGAAUAGAGCUCUCUUUAUACUUUCCUUUCUCUAAUGCUACCAUCAUAGUUCCAUCAUGUGUUUUGAUAUUACUAAGGUGGAAUUAAUAUCUGUCUUUGCUCUUAAAAUAUGCUAAAUGCACAGGUCAAAGCUGAUCCUUUUAAUCCUUUACUUUGUGCUGUUCAUCCUGAAAUAGAUUUUCUUUUUGAUGCCUUUUCAAAAAGAAAUUAGUUAUUGUUCCUUAUCUGCUGUGGAUGUGUCUCUGCUCUCUUCUGGCUUGGACCAAUAGUUUGUUUAGAACAUACUGGUUUAUUUUAAAACUAGGAUCAAUGUUCCUAGUAGAGAUAUACAGCUUUCAAACCUUUUGAUGGCAGGUUUCAAUUUUGCUUACUAACCAAACAUGGCUCAGGAAACAGAUGUUCGUAUCCAUCUUGGCAUGUGCACGAGAAGCCUUAAUAUCAACUCACAUUAGACCUUCAGCAUUUCUGUUCCAAUCAUAAGUGCAGUUAACUGCAUAUCUAUUAUUUUAAAACUUACUUUAUCCACACUUAUAAAAUCUAUCAAUUGGUUCUAAGUGAAUUAAAUUUGUCUUUUUUUCUUUAUUACAGAAUGAUUUUAAAUCAGAAAACCAAAUCAUAAAAAAUAUUUUUUCAGAGGGAUGCCAUUGAAAUUAAUAUUUGGUAUAACUGAAAUUCAUAUUUCCUCUUGAAGUUGAAUAUGCAUCUGAGCAUUAAGUAUUAGUAUCUCUCCUUUCCUGUGAAUCUCAAUUUCAAUAGUGACAGUAGCUGGAUUAUAGUAUGUUAUUGAAUAUCAACUGUUUUGAAUUUAACUCAGUAGCUAUCCAGUUCACAUUUAUUAACGACAGGGUAGGAUCGCCCACUGCCAGUUCCUACCUGAACAUUGUAUGUGCUAAUUAGGUAAUUAUGGAAGCCAAGGGAAAAACAUCUGCAGCAGUUGUCCCUCCCAGUGACAGUUGAGAAUUCAUUCUCAAAUUUGUUUAAAAAUGAUCUUACUCGAAUCUUCCCCAACAAGCUACAGCAGUGACUCCUGUUUUAAUUGAUAGGAAGGAGCGGUGAUGGGGAUUGAAGGACCAAUAGAAUACAAUAAGUGUAAUUUUAUAAAUUGAAGACUUUAUGGUCAUCAAAGUUUUAAUAUUAGUCCUGUCAUCUGUAAUCUUGAGGACAUGCUUUUAACUGCACAUCUUUCCUGGGCCAUGUUGAGCUGAUUUCCCUAGCAGCAGUUUUAUUUUGUUUUGUAUGUCUUUUACCUUGUUUUCACAGUAAUCCAUGGCUCUGCACGGAAUAACUAAUAUCCCACAAAAUCUAGUUGGAUUGUACUUUCACCUAUGCAUGUAAGUAUGGCAGUUGGAAUUUUUGUAUUCUUGGCAAUAAAUAUAUAGCCAAAUGAUUGGUUGCCUGCUCUCUGGCCUCUGAUCUAACCCAUUUUAAUGGCAGAAUACUUCUCAGUCAGUUUACUGUCUGAUUUCACCACUGAAGUGUUCCAGCAGCUGCCUCGUACAUACUUGUACCCCACUUUGCUUUUUGCUUUGCCAAAUAGUUUGCUCACCAAGAUGCUGCAUUUGUCUUUGCAUUUAUUGUGCCCUGCCAUUUUAAUGCAGUAAACGUGAGAUUUUUUUAAGAACAUAGUGAUUUCUAUGCAUUUUUGUAUGAAUUGCAGCCCCUUAAUCACCUUGUGGCUAAGCAUGAUUGUUUCCAUUUCUCCAAGACGCACCAUUACAUACAUAUGUGUACAAUGGAUAGCCUUUUUUAUAUUCUAUGAAGUCCUUACUUUUAAAAAAUGUGAACAUGUAUAACAACAAUGUAUUUCUAUGCUUCUGCUUUGUACUUCUAAGUUUAUAUUGGAGGAUGAGAAUAGUAUUAGUAAAUCCUUUGAAUGUUUCAAAACAAUUUGUAACUCAAAAAGCAUGCUUGCAGUUACGUGCACUUCGCUGUUUAUUGCUGUUCGGUUUCCUAAGGUGGUCAUGAAGUAAUGGUUAAUUUCCUGAUGAUAUCAUAAAAUAGUAAGCUAUUGGUUUAUCCAAGCCCUUGAAUAUUCUAGAGCACAUAUAAAUAUAAUGGUGCCAGCACUGAUACAUUUUAUUCAAAUGGCUGUUUUGUAUGACCUGUGUGGUGUCUCGUGAAAUGUUUUCUGUUCCACUAAAAUGUCACACUAGUAAGAUAACCACGAGUUCAUGUAACACUAUUAUAAUCAGCUCCCAAUAGUAGGGAGCCAGAAUCUGAAUACUCCAUUUCUUGAAUACAUUCAUAGUAUCCACGUUUAUUUUAUAAUUUUUUUAAUUGGAAUUUUUUUUUUGUUGGGUAGUAUAACAUUUCAGUCUAAACACAUCCUUUCCUGUUGUUCAGUCAGUGCAUUACUUGUUGUAUGUGGCCGCAUGGAUGAGCUUGUAAAAGGUGUAUUGCCUUGUCAAUUUACUGUUUUGUAAACCAGCACAUGCGCUUAAUACUUUUGGCUGUGAAACUAGGAAUUGAAUAUUUAUGAUAUUCAUCAUUUUCACUGCAUACAGUAUCCUGCAUGAUUGAGACGGGAUGCUUUCUUCAAAGGGAGGGAACUGUUCGAGUGGUAAGAAUGUAUUAGGGAAAAGUACAAAUUUGUGGGUUUGUCUAUUUUGAAAGGAAUUCGCUUCAAAGGGCCUAGUAGAUAAAUGAAUUGCCUGUUUCGUAAUUAUGCCAUUGGAACAGUAGUCGAGAUUAUGCAAUUAUUUUUAGGAAGGAGAAAUAUGAGCCAGAUAUUCCAGCUCAUGGUCAAUAUCCAGAUUUCUGUUGGAAAGUGGAGAUGAGGGUUGUAUCUUACUGUGAAGUCUGCUGCAGAUGAUAUACUGCUGAUGCAUACUAUCUAAAAUUAAUAGUUGAAGUUGGCCGUGUAAUCAGGUAGUAGCUAGUAUUAGCGAAACUACACUUUUUUAAGGGUCUUCAUUGCAAGGAUGUUGAAUUGGUAGUUAUGAUUUCCCUUACUUAUCUUUCAUUCAAGAUAUUUCACUUGUUGCAUGAUUUUCCCAGUUUCAUCCAGGGUCUGGAGUACACCUGGUCAUUUAUUAGGUUCUACUCCACUUAUGCACUACUCCACAUCUGCAAUCUGUUUAACCAAUAUUCUUUCUUUAAUUUCCCUCUGUAGCUUCUUUAUCUAAUUGUCCUGCUGCCUGUCCCCUUCUGGAUGAGAUUCCUAGGCUAUAGAAGAGCUACAGUGUAUGCACGUACCACGCAGAAGAAUUCUUUCUUGAGUCAUCAUUAUUUCUGCUCCUUCCUGGUCACAUUUCUUGUACUGUGGCUUGUUAAACCUCAGUAUUUUAUAGUUUUGACACAGAAAAAAAUCCUAAUAAAAUAACCUACUUGUGACAGGAACAAGAUCAGACAGUGUAAUAUUUAGAAAUAGUUGAUCUUCUGAAUUUGUGAUAGUAUCUAAUGUUAUUUGUAGAAUCAUUCUUUGCAGCAUCAGAAAACAUGCACUCAAUGUUCUGUCACUGAUUCUUGCUGUUGUUGCAUUGUUUCAAACUUUCCAAAAGUUUACCACUAUUUCUUUUCUUUCUCUAAUCCACAUUUGCAAGUAAACUUAAAUUUCCAAAUUUCUUUAAACAACUAAUGAAAAACAUGUGUUUUUAGUCAAUCAUAACAGACUCUACUGCAUAAAAUUGAAUUAGCAUGGAAAAACUGAUUGACCCUUUAAUGCAUCACAAUGCAGACACUUAAUAUUUUUAUCACAGUUUUCAGAAGCGGGGAUAAUUAAAGAUGGCCAAGGCUUUUUAUAAGAGACAGAGUUACAAUUUUAUUAUUACUUUAUAAGUGUUAAUGUUAACAUACCAUGACCACUUUAAUAAUAUAUGCCCUAAUAAACAAUUUGUUUUUAGGAUUUUGCAAAAGCUAAUAUGUACAGUCUCUGGAUUUUACCUUGGCCUACUUAAUGCACCAUUUGUAAACUUGACAUCAAUGGAGAAAUUACAUUCUUUUAUUGAUUUAACACAGAUGAUUGAUAGCAAUUCUGCAUUAAUAAGUUUAAAGUGAAAUAAUUACCAACAAUUAAUAAUUGAUGUAACAGCAUUUAUUCUGAUGUUAAAGUCAAUAUAAAAGUACAAAAGUUGCACAAAUGCUGAGGUGGUCUUGGAUGGAAACUAUCCUAUCACAAUUAUACUGGUUGUUCAGAGCUGCAAUGUUGUUGAUCUAGUACAGUAUGCUUUUCUGUAACCAGCCAUAUCUUUGAACCAUUGAUGUGGAGACUGUGAAAUGUUCUGUAAGAAAAUAAACUGAUUUUAAACCACA